AUGUCGCUGAUUCCAAGUUUCUUCGGUGGUAGAAGGAGCAACGUAUUCGAUCCAUUCUCCCUCGAUGUUUUCGAUCCAUUCAAGGAUUUUCCGUUAUCCAAUUCCCUAUCCGCUUCCUUUCCUGAAUUGUGUCGUGAAAAUUCUGCAUUCGUCAGCACACGUGUGGACUGGAAGGAGACUCCAGAAGCGCACGUGAUCAAGGCAGAUUUUCCAGGACUGAAGAAGGAGGAAGUGAAGGUAGAGAUUGAAGACGAUAGAGUUCUUCAGAUAAGCGGAGAGAGAAGCGUCGAGAAAGAAGAUAAGAACGAUCAAUGGCAUCGCGUGGAGCGUAGCAGUGGAAAGUUCUUGAGGAGAUUCAGAUUGCCAGAGAAUGCUAAAAUGGAUCAAGUUAAGGCGAAUAUGGAGAACGGUGUUCUGACUGUAACUGUUCCUAAAGAAGAAGUUAAGAAGCCUGAAGUCAAGACAAUUGAUAUCUCUGGUUAGAUACUAAAUUGAGUUCUGUGUUAGAAUUGCUUUAUUCUAAGGGAUAUUCCAUUUUGAAUAAAUUCCAAUAGUUAGAAUAAAGAAUUCUGGUUGAGAACGGUGUUCUGUGUUUGAAUAAAUUCCAGUUUGCAAUAAGUAUGAUAUUCCAUUUUUAAUCAAAUUUAUCUCUCUGAUGGUAUAUGAAGUACUAGAAGAAUAUUAAGUAGGUAAUAUGAAUUUCAAAUUAUCUGAAUAAUGUUACCGAUGCAUUCAAUAAUAUAUUCAGAAUUCAGAUAGAGUAACCAACUUGAUUAACAUUUUGAUAAUAUAAUGACUUAAUGAUACAACCUUAUAAUAUUAAUGAUUAACUUGCAUCUUAUACAACUUACAGAAUAGUUGACUGCAAUCUGUUCACUUUCAAUUAACCUUUUGCCGUAAAGAAAGAGGGAACUGAAAAAAAUUGCCCAUUAUUUAUGGGAGAAGACAGUGGACCUAGAAAUGGCAUGUUUUGUGGAAGAAUUGGUAAUGGGGAUUCAAAGUUGAGCACCUUAAUCACUUUCUUUAUAGAUGGUCUUGAUGUGUUAUUUGGAUUAGCACACCAAAGUCCAACUACUAGCAAACAUUCCAAUUCCUUCACAUCAAAUUGCCCAUAUAGCUUUGGAUCUGCUGCUGCAAUGACAUUUUUCAAUCCAUAUAGCUCCCAAACCCACUCAACUAAUGAUACUUCACCCUUCAAUUCUUGGUGGUGUAUGGCUUUUUUCCCACAGGCUAUCUCCAACAAAACAACCCCGAAACUGAAUAUGUCAGAUUCCUUUCUAGCCUUUCCUGUGUCCAUGUAUUCCGGAGCUAGGUAACCCCUGGUUCCGGCUACAAUUGUGGUUUCUGACUCUUUCUCAUGAUCCAUCAGCCUAGCUAGACCAAAAUCCCCAAGCUUAGUAUUGAAGUUGGAGUCCAACAUUAUGUUGCUUGAUUUUAUGUCCCUAUGAAUCACGCAUUUUUCCAAUUCCUCCUGCAAAUAAAACAAUGCUGAGGCUAACCCAAGGGCUAUAUUGUACCUCAAGUGCCAUGACAAGAUGCUUCUUCCUCCACGAAAAAGAUGAAAAUCUAAGCUGCCAUUUGGCAUGUAUUCGUAUAUUAGGAUCAGUUCAUUCUUCUUGUGGCACCAACCAUUGAGUUUCACCAAAUUUCUGUGUCUCAAUUGGCUAAUGAUCUUCACUUCUGCUGAGUAUUGCUUUAUACCCUGCCCUGAAUCUGCUGAUUUCCUCCUCUUAAUUGCUGCAACUGAGUUUGUGUCUUUAAAAUAACCUUUAUAAACACCACCGAAACCACCCUCACCGAGCUUCAGUGUCUCUUCAAAGUUGUUUGUUGCAUCCAAUAAUUCCUGAUAACUAAUCUUUUUAGGUCCAGCACUCAUUUGGAAUUCUUCAUCCAUAUUCUGAUCGGAAACGGUUUCUGAAUUAGGUUCUUCUUCUUUUCCUUUAUUCUUCUUCCACAAUAAAAUUAUUAAUAUUGCUAAUAAACACAAAGACAAACAUACAAAACCAACUGCCAAUCCCUCCCACAAUUUCUUCUCAUGAUCAACUUCAUAAUUUGCUUGGCUUGUACUAAAAGACCAAAACCGCAACGUAUGUUUCUUAUCUACUUUUCCUGUUGAAGCUGAUAUGCCAACAUACUCUGGUAAAUGCUCUCUUAGAUCAAUGGUGUGUGAAGAGUUCUGUGGCUCUUUCCCUUCAGUCAAUCUAUAUCCAGUGGCAGAAACAUUUAGAAUAUUAUUUUUUGAACUGUAUUUAGAAACACUUAGAUUACCAUUUUUAAACGUGUAGAACUCCACAGACUCAGAUGAAUACUCAGUUGAGUUUAAAGCAACUUCGCUUGCAGGCACAAGAAUAACCUCUAAUCCAUCUUCUAAAUGAUUUCCUUUUAGGAAAUCUGAUAUUGCAAGGCAGCAAGUUGUGUUCAUUAAAGCAACUUCAUUUCCAGGCACAAGAACAAACGCCAAUCCAUCUUCUAUAUGAUUUUCUUUUAGGAAAUCUGAGCUUGCAGGGAGGAACGCAAAAUCUCCAUAAAUACUGUAAUAUGAAAACUUUGUAGUAAAGUCAUAAACUUGAUUUAUGCUUCUGUCAUAAAGUUUGAUAAGUUUGGGAUUUGUGACUCGACCAACAUCAGAAGCCUUAUCUGGGUCACCAGGGUAGUACCCAGUGAGUUGAAUAGCGUAGUCAAAAUCUUCAACAGUGGCAUCUCCAUCAAAUUCUAGUGGCUCUUCACGAUUGUGAAUAAACAUAGGGUAAUCAAAAGACACAAGGUGAGCAUGUGCAAGAAGGACGACGAGGAAAAGCAAAAUUUUUCCUCUUGCAUAAUAAAAUAUAGGAACCAUUUGUGUAGCUUAGCUAUGUCAGAGUUGUUUUGUUUCAUAUAUGAAGCCUAAACACUUUCAUGUAGUACGUAUUUAUUUACUGUUCUUUAUUUGUCAUUUAUCUAGCUUCUUUCCUGUAUAUAUUAUGUAUUUGAACUAUUUCAUAGUUUAUGUCUAAGAUUUUUAUUAUAUCCACAACUCUUGUCGAUGAACAGCAAGAGGGAUCACAGUCACGCUCCUAAGAAUUAACGCUCAGUGAUGGCGAUUUUCGCAAGUGUACGAAAUCGUGCAAGUAAUAUAUUUAAAACGGUAAGACCGAGUGUCGAACUCAA